UCCACGGGAUGACACCUGCCAAACUGGUUAAUGUGUGUCGGCGAUUUCGACACAGCAGGAGGUUGGCAUUGGACUGUGUCCGGGGACAGAAGUGCGUGCUUGUAAGGCGAGGAGAAGCCUUUCAUGUUACAAAGGUGCAGAAUCAACCCCGUGCACAGCGCAAUGACUCCAGCGUUGUCAGAAACCAGGAAAUCGUUGCUUGGAGUGAAAUUAGCAGGGAGAGAGCUGCCGGUGUUAGAGACACGGUACUUUUUCAGCUUUUAACAGCAUCGUGCUUGCAAGCCAGCAGGGUAGGUGGAACUCUAUGGGUCCGAGUUCCAGUGUAAUCUAAUGGUGUUUAAACAUUAAACAUCCUGCGGCAGGACAUUCAACUUCGCUCUAUUCAUGUGAUAAAAGGUUCUCCAACAACAGAAGCUGUACCUUCAACUCCCGACCAGGCGCCGUGCGAGGAAGCAGCAGGCAGCAUGAAGGAGAAGAACGGUAUUGAGGACACGGCUGCAUUAUCCCCAAAAUUUACUUUCAAUCCUAAGGAAGGGAUAGAUAAUCCUGCCUUGGUCAUAAAUGAUGACAUUGAAUUAUCAGUCUUAAUCAAACCCAGAGUGUGUUCCCUGACUAAGAAGAACAAUGAGGUAUUUGGCUUCUAUCUGCGAGCUGAGAAGGGGAGGCAAGGACACCUCAUCCGACAGGUGGAGCCCGGAAGCCACGCUCAGCUUUCUGGGCUCUGUGAUGCUGACAGGGUGCUGGAGAUCAAUGGAGAGUUUGUGGAUAACAUGGAACAUUCCAAGGUUGUGGAGAAAAUAAGGCAGAGUGGCAGCAAAGUCACCCUUCUGGUGAUUGAUGGAGUCACCUAUGAAGAUGCAAAGAUGAAGGAUCUGAAUUUUGCAGAACUCGUGCGGGCUGGACCGUGGGGACUCCAUAUGCUAAACCACGACUUUGCUAUCCGUGAGGUGUGGAAUCUUGGUGUCAAAGGUCAAUUUACAUUGAGCAUUGAACCUGGGGGAGCUGCUGAAAAAGGUGGACUACAAUUGGACGACAGACUCAUUGAAGUUAAUGGAGUCAAUAUUGAGGAAUGUACACAUCUACAAGUUGCCAAAAAGAUUAAAGAGAGUGGAGACUCAGUGACUUUUCUCGUGGCUGAUCAGAAGACGGACGCUUACUAUAGGGAUAAAGGCAUCAAGAUCAUUCCAGCCAUGGCCUGCUUGAAGCACUUGCCAUUCAAGACAAGAAAACUUUACUUAGUGAAAGGGAGUUGUGGCUAUGGAUUCCUGCUGAAAACUGAGAAAACAACUUCAGGGACAUUUGGUCAGUAUUUGUCAGAAGUGGAUGCUGGAAGCCCAGCAGAGAAAUGUGGGAUGCAGGAAGGAGACCGCUUGCUAAGUGUUAAUGGAGAGAACAUUGAAGGCCUGGAUCAUGAUGCUGUAGUGAAGAAAGUCAGACAGGGUGGAAAUCAGACUACCCUAGUUGUCAUCAGCUCUGAAGGAGACAAGUAUUUCACAUCACUGGGUUUAUCUCCCUUGAUCUGUGAUGAUGAAGAACAAAUGAACCCGAAGCAGACAACAGAAAAUCAAACAGAGGAACAUCCCCCACUUCAGCGAGCUAGUCCUUCUCCACUCCGGGUGACAGGAGAACAAGAAUCUGUUCCCACACCCCGGCUUUGCCAUUUGGUGAAAGGCUCCAAAGGAUACGGCUUUCAACUUUACAGUAUCACUGAUGAGCCAGGAGCUUACAUCCAGCAGGUUAUACCUACAGAAGUGGGACACAAAGCAGGAAUCAGGACCGGUGAUAUAGUGAUUGAGGUAAAUGGAAAGAAUAUCGAGAAAGUCCAUUACGAGGAUGUUCUUCAGAGAAUAAAAGAAAAUGAGGACAAAGUGACUCUUCUUGUUAUGAAUAAAAAUGAAUAUUGGCAUUGCAAGGAUAACAACAUCCCAAUUAGCAGAGAGCCAGGCAGUGAAAACAAUGAAAUUAAGACAACCAGGAAUCCAGAGAAAGGGAUUUUCUCCAGUUUUGACACCAGGAAAACAAGCCAAAGAAGCAGCAGUGUUCAUUCUGUUAACAAGUUCAGGAUGUCUGGAAGAUUGAAGAAGGACACUUAAAGUCGAUAACAGGGCUCCAGACUGGAGGACUGUGAUUUGUUUUGGUAAAGUUAUGUGACUCGAUAAAGUAUUCCAAGCACCUAUCUCCUUGUCUCUUCCUGUUCUAAACAGACACAUGCAAAGGAAAGCACUGCACUUUAUUAAUUCUUUGGAAUACGUAGGUGGGGAGAGGACUGGAUGUUGCUUUUCAAGUGAAGAAAGCUCUUCUCAUCUAAAUUUCUAAUGGUCCCUUUUAAAAAGGACAAUUAAUUGUCACCAUUUUUAAAACAGGGAUGAUCCAAUUAGAUCAGGAAAACAGUCAGUGUUUCUUAAUGUUUGUGUACUUGAAUGUUAAGAAGGAAAAGUGCCAACCUUAAGAUUGUUGGGCAGCUCUUUGUCUAUUCAGGAGUGAGCAGGUGUGUUGUGCCCUGUCAUUCUAUUUUUGCUGACACAUUUCCUACUGUUUGUUGGUAUUUCUGAUCACAGUCACUUUAGGAACAAGUAAAUGGAGAAAUGUGUGCCAAUUUAGUGGUGCAUCAACACUUUUUAAUGUCAGAUAUUCCAUAUACAAGUAUUUUGUACUUCAAUAGUAUGUAUUAAUUUUGUUACACGUUGUAACAUUGUGCUGUCCAGUAUUUGACAAACUGGUAUCAAGUUCAGGGAGAGGGCAUUGUUAAGUUGUUGGAUCCUUGUUGUUUUUAUUGUUAGAGAGACUUAGAAAUCAGAAAGAGGCCAUUUCGCUCAUUGCAUUAGUUCUUUGCAAGAACAAUCCACCUCUGGCCUUACUAGCCUACACUUUUAUCACCUCACUGUUCUGCCCUUCAACAAUAUAACGACAGAGCAUUCCCACAUGAUCCUAACUCGAGUAAAAGGCACUGAAUAACAGCCAAGCCUCACACAAGAUGACACCAUUGUCCACUCCAAAAUCACAAAAGAAUUAAUUACAGCAGAAUUGAUCUUAAAGACAUCACCUUGAGAACUGCUAUUACUAAAAACAUGUCUGAUAUUUCAAUAAAGUUUUGAAAAUUAACUUGGACUGGGCUCUUUUGUUGAAAUGUGAGAAAUACUUACUGACUCAUUCACACAGGGUCUCUUUAUUUUGGAAAGUUUUUAACGUUUGGUGCCAGUUUGCUGAAGUCCCCAUUAAGCCAAACCUGCAUCUGUACCUAUCUGGGUUAAGAU